ACAGAUAAGCUACACGUGUACAUAGUUCUUACUAUUAAAAAAAUAUAAAACCUUACAAUUAUCAACCUUAAGCCCUUAAAAAUAAGUGUGUUAAAUUUGAUCACUCAAAAAUUCUUCCAAGUUAUACUUACUCGGAAUUUUAAAACUAUUACGCACGUAAAUUCUCAGAAGCGAGGCGCCAAAUUCUGAUUCAUUUUAAUCACGUGAUAUUAAUAAAUUCCACCGUAUAGAGAUUGACCAAAAUAUUCAUAUUGGGUUAAGCAAGAUUUAAAAAUAAAGUUUCAGCCGAAUUUUUCAGCCAGUGUCGACGAUGCAAGUUUAUUUUUUAAUUUUCAUUACAUCCUAGAGAAGACAUAAUUUUUGUAAUGAAAUAAUAUAACAAUUCCUUCUAUUUGAACAUAUUUAUCCUUUAAUCAAAUUUAGAUUUUGGUUCGAAAUUCGAUUGAAACCAUAAUUGAAAAAAAAAAGAACAGAAACAAGUAAUUUGAGUUGUGCAGUAAACUAACCUUUAAGUUGUGGUAUUAGAGGUGAUAUUGCAAUGAAUAUGGAUUUUGGAUGUGUGGUAUUUUAAGUGUUAUGGAAGUAAAGUGCUCAACUACAACAAAUCAGCGUACAAGUUAUUUGCACAUCAUCUGAAUACUCAACUACUAGCGACAUCUACAAUCGAAUAGCCGAAAUGAUCAGUUUAGUUUCGCUACUCGCCGCCGCGCUAAUGUCGCUACAGUGCGCGCAUAGUAGCGCUGCAUUGAUUGGCAGUAAAAACUUAUUGGACAACACUUUACAGCCAAAUGUAAUCACAACUCCUAAGAAGAAGAUGUUAAAAUCCUUUGUGUCCAUACUUGGAGCUCCACCUGAGAGGGCCAGGCUGGUGCGAGGGUCACGCAUUGAGCUGCCGUGCGAGGCGAUGGGGCACCCGACCCCAACACUGCAGUGGCUGAAGAAUGGCGAACCUAUUGUUGAUUAUGAAGAAAGCGCAAAUGAGAUCAUGAGCGUCCACCCGUCGAGCAUCACAGGAGUCAAGUCGUUAUACAUUGUGACCGAGGCCGCGAGUGGCGACAUCUACACGUGUGUCGCGACAUCUGACGGGAUUGAGAGGAUGGCUUCAACUACUGUGUUUGUUGAGGACGCAAAUGAUGAAAUCACAGCCCUCGAAGCCUUACUUCAGAGGGCAACCGGACCAAUCCCAACAUAUUCCUACCUGGAGGUAUUCCAGGAAAUGGGCACCAGUCUCGUGCUGCCGUGCAGGGCGUACAGCUACGGGAAGACCAGGGUGCUGUGGACUUUCAACGGAGAGGAGGUCACGCAGGCCAGUCCGAAAAUGAGGGUGUUACCGUCAGGAGACCUGCUCAUCACGUCUCUGGACUUCAAGGACAUGGGCGGGUACAGCUGCACGGUGAAGAAUAUGUAUGGAGAGAGUACCACUAACACUUUUGUGUACCCGAUGAGCAAGGAUUAAACAGUGGUGCAUAGUUCCGCCGACCAACAGUGACCCGCCGAUACAAGAUCGAUGUUCCUAUACUUAAGUGUAUAUUGACUUAAUAAAUACUUAACUUAUUGUUAAGGUGCGCGAAGACUUGGAGCGUUCGCAUGAAGAAUUUGGGACAGUUAUGUUGGACAAAUUCUAUCAUAUUCCUUACAACUAUUCGUUAAAUGACAAACAUUUGUUGAGCAAUUCCAAUGUUUAUAUUAUACACACAAACACCUUUUCUUUCUUAAUCGACUUCAAAAAAGUGGAGGUUCUCAAUUUGUCGCGGUGUUUUAUUUUAAUCCUAUAAUGUAUAUUAGUGUAGAGAAAAUAAAUAAAUAAUUAAAAUAGUAGCAAUCGUUAAACUAUGCAUGAUCAAUUCUAGUUGUAAUUUCAGGUAUGAAAAUACUUUUGCUUCUUGAUAGUUUCAAAU